AUGAAAGUAUUAGGAAAAGGAGAACCUAUAACGAAAUUUGAAACGUUUGUAGUAAUAAAGAAGGAAUUAGAGAAUGCUAAAAAUAUAGAUAAACUUUUAUGUAAUAAAUUGACUGAAAGAGAUGAGGAAAUAUUUCAAGAUAUGUACGAAAAAAAUUUUAUCAAAUUAUUAUCUGAUAAAAUUCUAUAUAAUAGCGUCCAAAAAUAUAUUGUUGACACAAAUCCUCAUUUAAUUUCAAAGCAGUCACACAAUAAAGACUACAAUCAAUUAACCGAAAUGAUUGAAAACAUUUCUAAUAAUAUUGUUAAUUUUUUUAAACAAAUAGAUAUAUAUAAUUUUGAUAAAGAAGAAAAAAUUCAGAUGAUAGACAUUAACUGCAAGAACUUUGUUGACCUUUAUGUGAUCAUGAACUAUGGAGAUAAGAAGUGUGAUGAGAAUAACAUUGAACCUGUUUUAAGUUUAUUGAAAAGUGUUCAUAUUACAAAUUUAGUUCAAAAUGAACAAUAA